AUGUCGGCAGACGAGACAGCACCGCUCCUCCCGGGCGGCUCCGGCUCCGGCGCAGGAACAGCACCACGGCCACCUGCAGACGGCGCCGCCAAGCAGCAGCAACAGCAGGGUCGCUCGAGGCCGACCUGUCUGGAGCGCUUGUUCCACGUCGAGAACCGUAUUCUUCUGGCCGGCUUUCUGAUUUCCCUCUCGUUUAGCUUUACGCAAGUCCCCCUGCUCUACGUCUUUCGGCUCAUGACGUGUGAUGCCUUUUACGACCGCCACCCUCCGUAUACCGGCGACGGCGACCGAUGCGCGCGCAACGAAAUUGCGGCCGGAACGGCCACGCAGUUUAGCAUCCUCGGGAUAACGACGACUCUUUGUGGAACCAUCAAUCUCUUCGUCGCGGGAUGGGCCGUCAAGAAAUGGGGAGCCAAGACGGCCAUUCUCUUCCAGACUUUUGUUCCGGCCAUACGCGUUCUCGCCCAGAUUCUCGGCGUCAUGGCUGGAAAGAGGUUGGGCAUGAACAUUAUCCAGGGCACGCAGCUGAUUACAAUCUUGGGCGGCCCUGUCGGCUACAUCCUCGUCAUUAACAUUAUUGCUGGCGAGGUUGUUACCCCCAUCCGCCGCACCGCCGUUUUUGGCAUGUUGCAGGGAUGCUUCAUGUUGGGGCAAUCCUUGGGCAACUUCACUGGUGGCUUGUUGGGAGACGCGUUUGGCGUUCGAGCGCCGUUUGACGUGGCCUGUGGCUUCUUCCUCGUAUCAUGCGUCUACGUGCUGGUAUCCUUGCCCUACAUUCCACCGCCCGUUAGGACCGACAAGUCGAGCAAGAGCUCGGGCGGCUUCCUCGCGCCACUGCGCAUCCUGGCACCGCAGAAACUGCGCCUCGCCAGCGGACAGAUGAGCAAGCAUUACGGAGUCGUCCUCCUCUGCGCCGGUAUCUUCCUGGGAGUGGUGCUGCAGCUGGCGACCGAUUACGCCCCUCUAUUGAUCCAAAUGUACGCCACGGCCGCGUUUAACUUUAGCCAGGCCAGCAACGGCCUGCUCAUGUCCGAGUUUGCGUUGAUGAGGGGCAUCUUCCUCUUGUUUCUGUUCCCUCGCCUCAUUGCGUUGGGCAGACGAUUGCUCGCUUCGAAGCGCCUCCGCAGCGAGCCGUCGCCGGCGGUACGAGAAGAGGGCUACGGCACCGACGGAACACUGACGCCGGAUUCGCUGCCGACGGACCCGCGGCAGUUCGACGCGAGCAUGGGCACGAUUCCGAGCGACGAGCCUGUGAAGCCGACGCGGCCCAAGGAGGACCAAGAGCUGGAUCCUCAGUUUGACUUGACCUUUUUGCGCUGGAGUCUUGUUGUCGAUGGCGCCUUUACUACGGUGGCCGCAUUUGCUACGGAGCCGUGGCAUAUUUACCUGGCCGCGUUUUUACUUCCUUUUGGAUCGGGAUCUGCGCCGGCUGCCAAGGGUGUCAUCACAUCCAUGUGCUCCGACGCGCAGCGCGCAGAUGCCCUCAACGCCGUCACCUUGGUGGAAAAUAUUGCGCGUCUUUCCACGCAGGGCUUGUUUGGGUUUGUUUUCGCCGUGCUUGCCAACGUGGGAAAGGCGUAUGCGACAUUCUUCUGCAAUGCUGCAAUCGCUGUCGUUGCCGUGAGUGUGCUGUUGCUCUCUCACUUCCCACCUGACGGGAGCGUUCUUGUCGACUCGAUAGCGGAAGGAGAGGAGCAACUGGAAGAGUAG